AUGCCUGGUUCCUUUGGAAUGGUUCUUUUCCUGAUGUUUACGGUGACAGAUUCUCAGGGUGCAAGGCAGCAAGCAGAAGACAUGAUAAAUCUCCAGGCAGUAUUGCCACAGGCUCCGUUUGCCGUAGCAUACAUCCUCCCGAGGGGUUUGCCUGGAUCAUUUAUUUAUCUUGUGCGCAUUAAGAAACCACCAUUAGGCUGUGGUGGGAGGCGCCUUACUUUCUGCGCGCUCGCCUGCCUCCCCUGCGCCGCGCCCUCGCCGGAGUUUCGAUGCCGGGCCGGACUUAGCGCGGGCGCGGAGGAGCUGCGCGGAGCCGUGCCUCCUGCCGCCGGGCCCCGCCCGCGGAUCGGCCUCCCUGGCCCGGCGCCGGCCGCGGCCGGCACCGCCGGCCGCGGCGCCCGGCCGCCGCCCGCCGCCCCCAGCACCCCGCCGCUGCCCGCCUGGCCCACUGCGGCACACGCUACCUCCUCCUACAAGAUCUACGUCCACGACUCGGCGCCGUCCUGGACCUUGUCUCCCUUCCAGGAGUCUACCACCACCACGCCGGAGGCCAGCACGACCCCCAAAAUCCAUACUACAACGUAUUCCACCGAGCGAUCUGAGCACUUUAAGCCAUGCAAAGACAAGGAUCUUGCAUAUUGUCUCAAUGAAGGGGAAUGCUUUGUGAUCGAAACCUUAACGGGAUCCCAUAAACACUGCCGGUGCAAAGAGGGCUACCAAGGAGUCCGCUGUGACCAAUUUUUGCCGAAAACCGACUCAAUCUUGUCAGAUCCAACAGACCAUUUAGGAAUUGAAUUCAUGGAAAGCGAAGAAGUGUACCAGCGCCAGGUGCUGUCUAUUUCCUGUAUCGUCUUUGGCAUAGUCGUAGUGGGCAUGCUUUGUGCAGCGUUCUACUUCAAAACAAAGAAACAAACAAAGCAAAUUCAUGAACAGCUGAAAGAAACACAGAAUAGGAAAACCUACAGCCUAAAUGCUUCCAGCAUGAUGGCAAAGUCAGAGUGUAUGGCACAAAGCCGAGUCCAGCUGCAAAAUUAUUCAAAACCAGAUAGGCAUCCUGGGCCUAUUCUGGACAAAGUUAUGGAGUCUAGUUUUUCAGGCCCUCAGUCUUUCCCAGAGGCCUUGUCUCCCGACAGAGGAACCCAGCCCAUCAAGCAACACAGAAGUCUCUCUUCAUGCUGCAGCCCAGGACAAAAAAGCGGGAUGCUACAUAGAAAUGCCUUUCGGAGGACUCCUCCCUUACCUCGGGGUAGGUUCAAUGGAAUUACAGGACCAGCAUAUCAACAGCUAGAAGAGUCAAGGAUCACAGACCAGGACACAAUACCUUGUCACGGGUAUUCAUCCAGUGGUUUAAAAACUCCUCAGAAUACUUCAAUAAAUAUGCAACUGCCUUCAAGAGAGACAACCCCUUAUUUUAAUAACGUGGAUCAGAAGGACUUGGUCAGCUAUUCAUCUUCAAGGGCCAACUCCGUUCCCAUCAUCCCGUCUGUGGGCUUGGACGAAGCCUGCAUGCAAAUGCAAAAUGUUUCUGAAGUAACAGGCAUCAAAUGGUGCAAAAACUCCUAUUCAGCUGAACUUGUCAAUGUGAGUUCCCCAGUCAGUAAUUGUCUUAUAGCAGAACAACACGAAGUCAAAAUAUUGCUAGAAACUGUGCAGGAGCAGAUUCGGAUUCUGACGGACGCGAGGCGGUCGGAGGACUAUGAACUGGCGAGCGUAGAAGCAGAGAGCAGCGCGAGCGAAAACACGGCCUUUCUGCCCAUGAGCCCCAUGGCCAAGUCAGAGCGAGAGGCACAAUUUGUCUUAAAAAGCGAAACGCAAAGAGACUCGGUAUUGACCAAGUGACUUUGUGUGGGGGUUGUGGGAGGGGAAACGAGAGAUCUGUGCAUUCGAUGCUUUGCUAAACAGGAAGGGAGGAAAUUAAAUACAAAUUAUUUAUAUGCAUUAAUUUAAGAGCAUCUACUUAGAAGAAACCAAAUAGUCAAUCGCCCUCAUAUCAUAGUGUUUUUUAACAAAAUAUUUUUUUAAGGGAAAAGUUCCAGGAGGGAUGAAGCGUACAUCAGGUGCUUUCUAGGCAGGAUUACACAUACGGUUUCAGUUACAGAGCAUUUUACCACUGUCCCGUUCAGCUGUCCGAAGGCUUAGGCUAUGCAUCUUCUUUUCAGCAAAGGCCAAGAUCAUUCUUAGAUUCAUUUCUGGUCUCAGGGCAGCGCUGCAGGGAGCUGCUGGCCAGGGAUUCAGACCCUGGGGAGCGAGUCCCAUCACCCUGGUACAGACCUGAUCCCCUCUCCCUCUCUCCUCUUGGUUCCAGGUUCAUAGUAGGCACGCAGACAUCUACUUCUGAGGUCUGGUACCUACUGUGGAAUGAUAAUAGAUCCCUAAAUUGAGCCAGAUGCUUAACUCUUGACCUUACUUUAGUGUGGCAGUCAGCCCAAGAUAGUCAAUGGAAACAUUGGGAGCUUUGGGUUUGGCCAAGUGUGGAGUGGGAUUGGGGUCUGUAGAGAUGCAGUGGUCAGGAGCCCAUGGCUGCUCCAUCUUCUGAGCUUUGCCUAACAGAGCUGCCUUGGUGGAGAGCAAGGAAGAACAAGAGAAAGCGCAGAAGUGUGUAUUAUGAUAGGUUUGGGUUUGGGUUUUUUUGAGCGGGAACAUAAACUCUGUUGUUCGUUACCAACCCCUCAACAUUUCUAAACUGUUAUACUUUGAAGGUAUUUGUAAGCUCUCAAGGAGCACUUCUGAGUGUGUGCGUAUUUUUUUAACUUAUUUUUUAUUAUGGUUUUUUUCAGAGAAGAGUCAGGGAGAUCCAGUAUGAUCAAAAUCCAGCCGAUAAGUGUCCACGCUGCCCUAAUUUGUUCCUGCUUUCAGUACUCCAGUCACUUUAAUUAAUCGUGGCUUAGGCUUGUGAACAUUAAGGUUCAACCCUGCAGAUGGUUCCGUGUGGGCAGACCCACAAGCAUGCACAGAUCUGAUUCUAAUGGGGCCAUGUAAGAGCAGAUGUUUUCUACCAAAUGACUCCCUGCAGGGGAUUAAGGCCUUAGAGAAGAAACGUCAUUUCCUGGUUGCCGUGUCCCAAUCGCAUUAUAAGCAUUUUUUUGCAUUUGCUUUCUUUUGAGUCCCUCCUCCCCCCAUAAAUUGUAACACAAUAUGCCAAUAAUGCAAUUAAUUGGGUUCAGUGACAGACACAUUACUGGUUUUAUUAGUAUUAAAAUAUCUGCUUAUUCAUGGGGAAAAAGAAAAUGAACGAUAAUAAAUAAUUGCUAAAUUGCCUUCCCUGGUUAAUGUCAGAAGAUUGAUUAAAAAAAAAAUUUACAGUAUAUACAGAAUGUAUUAAAAUAUUCCUUUGCAGCAAAUUAAUUGUUAAAUUUAUUAAUGUGCCCCAGACUUCCCAGUUCACAAGUCUCAAGACUUCCCAAAAUAGCACAAUCGAUCAUCCAGUGCUGUUGUAUGUUGAGUCAGAAUAAAGCAAUAUUUUAACCUCUGUCAAGUAAAUUUGGAAAAAGAAAUGCUGAAGGUGUAUGUCAUUAUUUUUGUUAAGGCAGUAAAAAAAAUUACUAUUCACAGUCUUCAUUCAGCAAGUCAUUUUGAGUUUCUUUUGGGGUUUUGUUUUUGUUUUUUUUCUUAAGAUAAAGUUGAUGAAAUUGUCUUGUUUACAGAACUUUCUAUGACUGUAAUCUUUGCUGUGUGUUUUCAAUAAAAAUAGAUUUGAGGGCAAACUAUGCUUUAUGGCCCAGGAUGGAGCAUGCCUUGUUCAGACUCCCUUCUUCAGAGCUUUUGUUGUAGCAGUAAGGUGGGAUCACCAUGAGGAGUGGUCUCACCUGGUGUGACCAUAACUGUAAUAUAAAAAACCGGCUCCUAUAUAAAGCUCUGAUUCAAUAAUUUGUGAAGUGUGAUCAAAAUUAAUUGUUCGCCAUUAAUCUAAUCAAGAUGCAGUCUCUCUGCAAUAAAGUGCAGAGUCCUGCCCAAAUAGAUGUUCCAAAAUUAAAUCUUUUCAAUCCAGAUGUAAGGCCUUAUUGCCCCCCAAAUCCUACCGGCCUCUGCAAAUUCACCUGGCAAUAUAUUGGAAACACACGGCAAGAUUUCUGUUGAAGAAAGAACCAUAUCAUAAGCAAUGCCUUUAUGGAGAGAAUGUGUUCACUCAGCACCCCCGAAAGACCCAGAAGGAGGGGACAAGCAAUGUAUUUAAGAGAUUGAAAUGUUGAAUGACAGAUGAAGAUCUGAAAUGGUGAGGAUAUCUUCAGUUCAUGUUAGAGAUGCGAUCUUGUACUCAGCAAAGGAUGUGUGACUGUUAUAUGUUAACUGUUCUAUUCAGUUUUCAGCAUGUUUGAAUAGAGAGACGUUACUAUUAACCAUAUGACAGACUAGUGUAUUAUUUGUGAAGAGUAUCGCUUCAGAUCCUAUUGAAACUGUCAUUGUUUGCAGAGGAAAAGAAAAAGGUUUGAAAACAUCAAACUAGGUAGCCUUAAUGUUGUUUGUGUGUUUCACUAAUGCAACUAUUUUCCUCCGUGGACCUUCCUAUUUUACAGUGAAUGGGACAACAUUUUCUCUGAGGUCUGGUAAUUAUGUAGAGGACACAAAAGGAAGUUGUACUGAAACAGCCAAAAUGGUAGGCCAAGUUUUGCUUUAUUUCUGACCCCUAUGGUCCCACUGAACUAAGUGGAUCGGAAGGGAUGCCAUUCAGUGUAAAAAGCAAUUCAUUCCUAAAAUUACAUCUGUUCCCAGCCUUGGAAACAGACUAUAAUCUCCCUAAAAGAAGCUCUGAACUCAAUCAUUUACCUGUAACGUAAUUAAAAAUUAUAUCUGACCUAUGAAGUUCCAAUUGUAGUCUGGUGGGAAAAUUCACACACGCAGCAUUACACUCACGUAAACUGGGAGAAUAGCUAAUUAAAUAAAUUGAACUUUCCCUGAACUGAACAGAGAAAGCUUGUGUCUCUUCAGCAUAAUACUGUGGAGUAAAAUUAUGAGAGGUGUAUAUCCUGAGGUUUUUUCCUUCUGUGUAGAAUUUCCUCUAAACAAACCAAAAUAACCCUAAAAAAAAAUAAAAAUAGAAUGAUCCCAGCAUUUGAAAUAGGAAAAGUAGGUGAGUAUGGGCACAUUUCAUAGCAUUAACCACUGAAAAACUGAAACCUUCUAAUCCUUACAGAAUCAUGUUUAGAUCGACAAGCGCAUCUGUGGAAAAAGAGCUCUUCAGAAUGCUUCUGGUACCUAGCACCCCAGCCAUGCUCUCAGCUGAUGUAGUCAAUGCAGUAAUGACAGUUUCUAUUAACAGAUGAUCAUACCCCAAAUCUCUUUUACUCAAUGUCCAAUGUAGUGUCACAAAGCUUAGUAGCUUACACUGAUUUAUGGAGCCACCUUCAUUUUGCUUAUGAAAAUCAUACUCAUAUCAGUUUAUCUGUUGAAAAUGCCAAAAAGUAAAACUACCUGACAUUAUUAAUGACCAUGUUGGUAGUAUUUGAGAAAAGGAAAAGGGGAAGAAAAUCCCAGAUUUGUAAUUCUUUUACUGUCCCUUGGAACAAAGGUAAUUAUGUUUUGAUUCUUUAUUAUUACAGCAUGAUUUUCAAUGUCGGCUGUGGAGACAGCGAUCACAUGACACCAACAGGCUACAUUGACCAUUCCUUUCUUGAAAAGAUUUAGCAGUCUCCUCUUUGGUCAGCAGUCCUGUAAACAAGGAGUGGUUUCCUAGUACCACAAGGCUGUUCUUGUGAAACUUUUCCCAGAUAAAUAAUAAAAUAAAGAAAGACAACCUAUAUUUUUUUUUAUGUGGAACUAUAAUAUUUUAUAGCUAUAAUAGAAAGGGGUUUAUUGAUGGCUGAAGAAUGUAAAUAAAGUAUAGGAUAUAACAUAUGUAAGUGGCAUGGAAAUCCUGUAUUUGUACUGUAGCCUUUAGCAAUAUAUUCUGUAACACCAUCAGGAGGAGACCUACAUGCAAUUUAUAUUUCUUUUUUCCUUAACAGUGACCGUGGUCUGUACCACAUCCCUAUAGUGACUGGGAACUGAUUACUUUUGUACUUAUUCCUUGCUCUUGCAUUGCAAGAUCCGCUUCUGCACUGCCCCAUGCCCACUCUGGUUUUACUGAAAUCACUGAAUUUGUGAUGGCUCAGCAUCAUGUUCAAUUUUAUCUUGCCCUCAGAAGCAAGAGUACAAUUACAGCCUAAUGUUUGGGACACUGGGGAUGUCCACUGAGUAAAUUUAAGGCCUAAAACUUUCAAAAUUUAUCUGCUUUGGGUAGACCUGAUGGGAAAUCUUGCCCUUGAAGAAGGAUUUAUGCGGCCUGUGCUGCAAGGCAUUUUCUUGCCAUUCCUUCAUAUCUGCCAGUAUCAAUGUUUCCAGUCAGAUGCUUUCUUUGGGUUCUUCUGACCAGCACUGGGAACUACUGUGAGAUUUCAGACCAGAAGCCUCUGACUUCUUUCAGAGUACCAAAGACCAGAAGUCAUCUGAAGUGUCCUGAGAUAAAUAUAUAUUCAAAUGCAAUUUUCUGCCAGGUGCGAAUUUCUGAAAUUUCAUACUAAAAUUUCUCCAAAGGUUAAGACCUCUAACAUGUGUUUGAUUAAAUUAUGUAAUAUAAAUAAUGCCAAAGUUCAUAAAAUUAAGAGUUAUAUUGCAAAUGUUAUUGGUUUAAUGUACAUCUUGCUUUGAAGGACUAUGGAAUGAGAGCUCUGAUUUGUGUAAAUAUUUGGAAUCUAAAAACAUAAUAAUACAAGAACUGAAAAGAAUACAAAGAAUAAUUAAUAUUCUAAAAUAAGAAGAUAGUUUAUUGCUUUGUCUGAAAGAAACAGUAGUAGCUGAAGGUUAUUGAGGUGCAUCAGGGUAAUGAAGGAAGACUGAGUGAGGCCAUUUUAUAAGUCAUGCCAGUAAUAUGUCCAAGACCUUACUUUAUAGAAUUCAGGCUCAGUGUUUCCCUUGCUGGACAAUACAUUAAGAUGAUGUUUCUUUUAUAACAUAAAGCUUACUCCUAUACCAAGCGGAGGCAAGUAUCGUGUACUUCAGCACAAGCAGGACAGAAAUGCAGUUUAGAUUUCACUUUGGCUUUCUGAGUCAAGUUAAACUCAUUCACUUCAGAUUAUCUCUGAUCUUUUCCAGGAAAGAGAAAAUGAGCAUCCCAAAAAAAGAAAAGAGGUAUGACUACUCCAUGACUAUUUUCCAAAAACCUACCAAUUGAUACUAAGAUUGAAGCUAUCUGCUAAACUUUAAUGUCCUAGAAAUAGCUCAGAUUUUGACUGUUCUUGAUGGGGGAAAAGCAACUAAUAGAAGUAUUACAACCCCCACCAUCCAGCACCAUGCACACUGUGAACUUCUGUAGAAGAGCUUAGGGAGCUUCUCCUGGUUCUCACAGAGAGUAGGGGGUUUCUGGCUAUGGCACAGCUUUUUCCAGGGGUGAGGAGGGAUGGAUUUUGAGUUGGGUCUGGUCACAUCAACUGAGAAACUUGCCUUACUUUUACUUCUUUCUCAGAUUUCUUUCAUGUCAGUGAAACUGUGGUCAUCAGCACUAGUUUGUUUUUUAGGUUAGUGAUUUCCAAAUUCUGGGAUGCUUUAAAGUGUUGAAUUUUGGAAGAAGAGACCUAAAAAAAUAUAAUAAAUUUCUUCUCUGAUUGUUUUAAACCACCUUUACUUGAAAUGCUUGCAUUAUGUUAAGUAUUUUUUUAAAAAUUCGAUAUUACAAAGCUAAAUUACAAAUAUUAAGAUUUAUAUCACAAUAAGGGAGCAUGGGUAAGAUCUGUGUUUCAUGUUUCUCUCCUGAUCUAGUUGAAGAUGUCCCUGCUCAUUGCAGGGGGGUUGGACUAGAUGACUUUUAAAGGUCCCUUCCAACCAAAACCUUUCUAACCUUUCUCUGAGAAGCAUGUUCAAGUUAGUUCUUUUUUGUAUCAAAUUGCCCAUAAAAUGCUGUAGAUUUUUGUGCAUAUCAAUGGCAACAUUGGGUGUUACAUGGAAAGUUAAAUAAAACUAAUAUAUUUGCAAAGAAAAAAAUGGACUAUGUAAAAUUUCCAGGUCAGAUUCUGGUGUUGUGCAAGUGGCAGCUGCUUCACUUGAAAGCACAGUUAAUGUAAAGGGAACAAGGCUCCCAGAGGAAGAUAUUUAUGGUGGCUCAGCAGUUGAGCUGACUGAAAUAAAACCCAGAUUUCCACCUCCACGGUGCUAACCUGUGCUCCUUUCUAAAGCUGGCCCGCCCCGAGCCCCAGAGGUGUCUGCAGCUCCUCCGUCGCGGCCGUACCAAAAGGCAGGUGUCAGCACUGACUUCCGUGAAGUCUCAUUAAAUUGAAGUGAAAUAAUAUGAACUAAAAAAUGAUGGGACGGAUUCACAGUUGCUGUCAGGUUAUACAGAGUGCUAUCAGCAGUGCUGAUUUACAGUGUGUGAGGCUGUGGCUCAUGGUUUGACCUGACCCCUUAGUUCCCACUGCCAGAGCUGGAGCAAUCUGAGCAGAAAUCUCUGCCCGUCAGGGUAACUUCAGAACAGCAUUAAAGCAGUUUGAUUCCAACUAACCUCAUUUGUCAUACUUCAUUGCAUAUUCUCCUUGAUUAUUGCAGAGCUGAAGCUGCUUCCAAAGUCUUCUUAAAGCUGUCAUCGCUGAUCUGUCUUUGACAGAGUAACUGGUUGUGAUCACUCAGCUCCAGUUCUGAGAGUGGUGUAAGGUCCUCCAAUGCUAUAGGUCGGAGCUGGGUCUGGCAGUCCAAAAUCAAGUAUAUGUUCAAGCAAAACUCUCCCUGCUUGUUCUGCAGCAAUUGUAUGCAUUCGCAUCUAAGCAUGGAUCAGCUGCCAGGCUGAUUUUUCAUGUUAUUAGUUUUAUUUAACAAAGUUAUCUUUAAGAUUUAAUUCUCUAUGCUGCUUCUCUGUACGUUGUAUAGAGAAGCAGUGAAGGCAGAUUUGGCCUGUCUGCAUCUUCAUCUCAGCUACCAAUGGCAGGGUCUCUUCCAAGGCAGCUCAGGAGAUGAAGUCUUUAAAAUUCUGACCUCAGAGUAGGAACUGGCACCCUGGGAGGGGAGAGUUACUCUGAGCAGGUUUUGUCCAUGUGUGUGCUUAUCUAGCCUGGCUUUCUUCCUGAGAAACCUUUUUUUCUUCCAAGAGCCAGCGUACAUAAAAACACCUAAAACAUUAAGCAAAGAUAAGGCAAGAGAUGUGCUCUGCCUUCUCUGUAGUGUGGACAGGGCUGUAAGUAAGGGCUAAUUACCAAAAACCUUUCCAGCUAGUUCCAUUAGCAUUUGCACAGAUCAGUAAUGUUAAAAUGACUCUGUAUGGUUUGGUCACAUUGAUUUGCAGGCUGUGAUAUAUGUAAACUGGUAGCCUGUUUGAAAUUUUGGUGGUUUAUAGUGUCUUAGGAUGGACUUUCAGAGUUCUCAGGACAGCAUUUACCACUCUCUUUAACCUCCAUCUCAGUUUCAUUGGACUAAUGGACAUUUCUAUGAUAUAGGUGGCAGUACCACCCCACUGCUGGAGAUGUGGGUGACACAGCAAGCCCCACAUGGCUUUCUGGCAAGCAGGGCAAACCAGUCCUUCCUUCAACCUUGCAGGCAGCACUUGGGGCUGUGAGGGAUCAUCAUGCAGGCUCAGCCCUUUCAUCGGGCAAGGAACAGGGUUUCACAGCAGGGGAGGCCUCCUACGCUAAAAAUAAGAAACUCUCCCAAUAGUGAAAUGAAAGAGUGACUUGGAAAAAAAGCUUAGAAAUCACAAUCCUUUAAAACAAGGCUCCUCUAUAACCCCAUAUAGAUGGCAAGAAAGUUGUGAUUUUCAUUUCAGUUUCUCCAGUAAAUAGUAGAGUAGUUUUGCAUUUGCAUUAAUUUAAAGUUGUCUCUAGAUGGGUUCAGAGAAUAAAGAAAACACAUCACUGUGCAAACGCCUGUGCUCUAGGAAGGCACUACAGCUGAUGGGCAACUCUCCAUCCUUGUGGGUGGGAUCUGGGUGGCAGCGCUUUGCCUGGCUUCCUCAGUCAGCGAGAGAACGCCAGGCAGUGCCCUGCACCCCUCGAUCACUGGCUGCUGAGGUUACCUGGAGCAAAUCCCUGUACUGAAAGCACUUAAAAAUGGAACAAAGGGGAUGAAAAUGUGGUUUGUUCACUGUGAAUACCCAGCUGGGAUAGUUGGAAUAACUGCAAGGGAAGAAUUGCCUUUGCAAACCAUGUGCCUGAUUUACUGGUUAAAUAGUUUUUCAGACCUCACUGUUUAGUCAAAAACAAUAAGAUGUCCAGAAAUAAAAGUGGAAUGAUUGGUUCCCAGAACUAGUCUUAACAGUCACAAAUCUAAUAUUUCAGACUUUUUGCUGAGCACUUAUCAAGUAGAAUCAAUCAGGCUUCAUUUAAAUAGAUGAACCUUUAUUGUAGCUACAUCUGAUUACAUGAUUUCCUUUAUUGAUCACUAGAUCUUUUCCAUGUUACACAAAAUUCGGUUUACUUUAAAACUGGUCUGUAGGUGUGCAUGAAACAGCACCGAACGUGGACAUGAAAUCUGAGUGUUCUCAAUGUAUAGGGAGAGUCUUGUGAAACCUUCUUUUUAGCAGCUGAAAGUCUUGAACCAUUCACUGAAAUAAGACAACUAUUUGAUUGCAAGAAAAUUGAUUCUGUUGUCAGUAAAAUCACUGAUAAACACUUGAGAUGGAUUUAGGGCUUCUGAAUGAUAUAUAUAUAUAUGUAAAGCUACAUACACAGACUUUUUUUAGAACACAGAAAAGAAUGCUCCAACUUAAAGUUUAUUCAUAUAAAUAGCUGGAGAGAAUAGCCACUUAACCACAUAGUCUAAACACAUUGAAGAAGGGGGUAGAAGGUGUUUAUUUUCAACUGUGUUUAUUUUUUCACCAGUAAAAACAGAAAUAAAACCAGAAGAAAAAUAAUCAUAGUGCCUAUGACAAAGAUUGUGUUUCCAGGAGUGUGCAAUGUGUACCACAGUUAUUUAACUGCAAAUGGAAGCCGCUUUUAGACUGAGUGUGGUUGAAAGGAAAUAACCUUAGAAAAACUGUCACACAGCAUCCCAGGAAAUGUUUUGGUUCGGUAUGUUUGGCCUCCGUUUUUGUGGAGCUGUACAUUCCUGUCCAUGGUUUUCAAGGAUAAAAAAAGAACUGAUUUCAGAAUCAA